AUGUCCAGCCAACGUCCUAUGCCCCGCUUGAUCCUAAUCCGCCAUGGCGAGACGGAAUGGUCCUUGAGCGGUCGACAUACCGGUCGCUCCGACAUUCCCCUUACGGCGCACGGUGAAGAGAAGACGAAGGAAACGGCGCUUGUCCUGGUAGGAGAAGGCAAGGUCAUUGACCGAAACAACAUCUGCAAUGUUUUCGUCUCUCCAAGGAUCCGUGCCCACCGCACCUUUCACUUGAUGUUUGAUCAUCUGCCGUCGCCUCCACCCCAUGUCAUUACGGAGGAAGUACGGGAAUGGGACUACGGAGACUACGAGGGCCUGUUGCCAACCGAGAUCAAGGAAAGGAACUCCAAGUGGCAGAUUUGGGACGAUGGGUGCCCGAACGGUGAGAGCACUGAGGAGAUGUGCCACAGAGUAGACACCGUCAUCGAUAAGGUCAAGGAGCAUCACAGGCAAUGGCAUGAAGAAGGCAAAGGCAGCCGCGAUGUCGUUAUCAUCGCGCAUGGUCACUUCAACCGCGUCCUGAUCUCCCGCUGGAUCCAGUUCCCUCUUCGCCUCGGUACACACUUCAACGUUGAACCCGCGGGAGUCGCAAUCUUGAGCUACAACCACCGCAGUCUAGCUGAACCGGCACUGAACGCGUUGAACCUCUAUGCUCCGCCGAAUUAG